AUGGGUCAUUCGACGAAACUAUUAACGCCUACCCAAACCGUUGGAGACAUUUUCUACGACGAGCUUCGCGAGGACGUCUCCGCAAAGUUAACCAGCGUGCUCGCUCAGUCACCUGGCAUUGGUCCGAUCAUCCUAUGGGGAGAAUGGGCGAUGCAGUACUACGGCGUUCCGAUUUGCGAUAAUCACAUGCAUUUACUUGUCCCUGAUGACCAACUCGAAGCUGCCUAUGAAGCCUUGUUGGCUGCUGGCUACGAGGACAGCCCGCCUGUUCUUCUUCCAAUGGUCACUUCUUCUGAUCCGAACAUCCAUUGGGAAGAGCUUGGGUGUCCGGCUCAUCGAGUCGUUGGCGAUCUACGCCACCGGAAGUCCCGAGUGAAGAUCCUCAUACAGAACUACUCCGCAGCUGCCGGGACAUUCGACGACGCGGAUCCCAGCUCAUUCGAGCAGUGUGCUGGGCUUGCUAUUCCGCCUUUGCCGCUUCUUGGACAAUCUUUCUUGCGAGCCUACUUCAAAGUCCGGGGCUCCAAGUCUCGAUUGCGCGACAUACUUGGAGUGUGGUGUGCAUCGGUGAAGCUGUCCGGCUACUCACCUUUGGGCGUUGACGCGAUGCGCGGUGUGCCGGGGAUCGACGAUGCGAUGGCAUUGUAUUGGGAGCGAGGUUACUAG